UGGCCUCAUAUGCUGACCAAUGGGAUCUCGUAAAAGCCACCAAUAAAAUUGCAAACACUAGCAGAGAAGAAGAGGUGUGUGGUGGUGGUCGGUUUCGAGAUGGCUGAGACGACGUCGUUUCUGAGCAACAGAUACUGGGUACUGCGGCACGGCAAGAGCAUUCCGAAUGAGAGAGGCAUCAUUGUUUCCUCCAUGGAAAAUGGUACGCGCCCAGAAUAUCAAUUGGCGCCAGAAGGUGUAAGUCAGGCACAGUUGGCUGGGCAAUUGUUCCAAAAGGUACUUGAAGAAAAUAACAUACCGAUUGACAGUGUUCACAUUUGCUACUCUCCAUUUUCGAGAACAACUCACACUGCUCAAGUAGUUGCAUCUGUCUUGAACAUUCAGUUUGAGGGUGCUCAAUGUAAGGUGAUGGAAAAUCUUCGUGAACGCUUCUUUGGUCCUUCAUAUGAGCUUCUGUCACAUGAUAAAUAUCACGAUAUAUGGGCUCUUGAUGGGAAAGAUCCACUCACGAGGCCAGAAGGAGGAGAAAGUGUUGAUGAUGUUGCGUGUAGACUUGCAGAAGCUAUUGCAACUAUGGAGUCACAAUUUCAAGGGUGCGCCAUCUUAGUUGUUAGUCAUGGCGAUACCCUACAAAUCUUGCAGACAAUACUGAAUGCUGCGCUAGACACAGGAUCCAGUUAUAGUGACUUGGCAUCAAGAAUUCAAGCAGUUCGAACCCCUCCCGUCUUGUCACAGCACCGGAAAUUUUCCUUGCAGACUGCAGAGCUCCGGGCAAUUAUAUGAGUAUUAUCUCUGAAGAAACUUCUUUUUCUUUAUAAUUUCAGAAAAACUGAGAUUAUUUAUAGCGGUAGUUGUCAUUGAAAAGGAUUAAAAUAAAUUUUAUACACGUCAUCAA